AUGACUGAGAUUGAAAAGGAGGAACCUCCAAUAUCAGAGUACACAGACAAAUAUAGGUGGAAAGAUAUUCCUGUCUUUGUUUUAUCUUCACAUUCCCCCGCUCCAGUAAAGGAAGUUGAUCCAUAUGAACAAUUAGUUGAAUUAAAAAUUAAAGGUAAUUCUCCUAAAAAGGAUAAACCUGCUCCAAAAAUCGAAAAGGAAUUAGAUGAAUAUGAACUUCUCGUUCAGAAAAAGAUUAACGAAUCAGCAAAUAAAGAAGAGAAGCCAAAAGAGCAAAAUAAACAAGAAGAGAAACCAAAAGAUCAAAAUGACCAAGCUCCAUCAUUACCAAAACAAGAAAUUUCAGACAUUAAGAACGAAAAAUCGAUUAAACCGCAAAACACUCAAGAAAAGCCCAAGGCAAAAGAUGUUAAACCUAAUGAAACUCCUCGUGUUAAUGAAGAUCAAAAUGCUGAAACACAUUCCAUCAAAGAUAAAUCUGCAAAACAUCCAAGAAAGACAUUUAACGCUCCCAUCAAAUCAAGCUUAGAGGCUCCAGAAAAAAUCCAGCCACCAGAACAGAAGAAUAAUACAAUUAAUAAUCCAAAGCCCAAGAAGCAAAAAACUUCACGAUUCUUAUCCUCAAGCACUAACAAUAUCCAUCCUAAAGUCACUGUAUAUCGUCCAAACUUCUAUGCUGAUCCAAAUGAUGCUCCUGAAGAGGAAAGACCAAAUCUACAUGGUCCAUUCUGGGUGUACUGGCCAAAGGGCACUAUUAUUCCAGAGAAAUACUCAGGGCUUAGAAAAGUUCUUAAGCGCAAGUAA